AUGGUCUCAGAUAAUACGACACAGAACACCGGAUAUUAUCUUUGUCCCCAAAACGUGCAGUGCCCGCCCGGAUGUACUAAAAUAGAUACAAGAGGAUGUAAGCUCUGCGCAUGUGGGCCUGGAAUGUUCCAUCCUGGAGGGUACGUGGGAAUGCCAAAAGGAAUGAUGGGGGACUUUGGGGGAUUCCAACCUGGUUCUAUGGGAGGAGGUAGUCCUUUCGGAGGGAUGCAGGGAGCUAAACACGUGUCUGAGCGGCCAUUGAAGGAGUGCCCCGGAACCAUGCUGUGUAUGAUGACGUGUAAAGAGCACUACACUCUUGGUGACGUAGGCAGUAACGGCUGUCGAUCAUGCACAUGUCCCACCCACCACGAAACGUCAUCACAUGGUAAUUUACAUAACACUGUGGUAGUGGUACAAACGUCGUCUCACACUAACUCUCACACAUCUUCCCACCACGACUGUGCGGGCACAAAACUCUGUAUGAUGACCUGCCACACGAGGUAUAUGCUGGGGGAGAGGGGUGCCGAUGGAUGCCACUCCUGUACAUGUCUUCCAGCCCCAACAGAGGCCCCGAAACCUGCCCCCACGAAGUCAUGCAUGUCCACCGUUUUGUGUAUGUUAUCUUGCAAGACUGGAUAUUCACUGGGUGCAACUGGCCGUGACGGUUGUCAGACUUGCACGUGUAUUGCACCACCCACCCAACCUCCCACAACCCCGGCUCCAAAGGUCCUGACUUGCACCCACACGAUAGAGUGUAUGCUUAACUGUAAACAAGGGUACACUCUUGGAAACACCGGAACUGACGGAUGUCCACAAUGCGCAUGCAUAGUUCCAACGAAAGUGGUACAAGUGUUGACCUGUGCAAAGAAUAUACAAUGUAACUCAGGUUGUGGCGCCGGAUAUAAGUGUGGAACCGACGGAUGUCCAACGUGCGACUGUGUCAAACCAGCGACUGUGGGUCUGACCGUUGUGGAGGUGGUUAAGCAGCCAGUACGCUGCACUACAGCCUUCUCUUGUCCUGCCUCCUGUGAACUCGGAUAUAAGUGUGGUUCAGAUGGUUGUCCGACGUGCGAGUGUUUGAUCGCUAUACAAACAGUUCCUCAGACAACAUCUGAGCCUUGUCAAGACUGCAAUGGUGGGAUAGCUGUCCCACAGCCAUCACAAACAGAUCACUGUAACAACUGUGAUACAGGGCAUGAACAAAUAGUGUCUCAUGUCUCUACUGGUGAAACUUGUCACAAUGGAUGUGAUAACUCGGGACACUCAAGUGAAAGUUCGCAGUCUACAACAAUGGGAUCAGGAGGAAUGUCUUCAAACUUCAAGCCGGGAUCAUUCACAGGAAACGGAGGAGGAAUGCCAUCAAACUUCAAGCCGGGAUCGGUCACGGGAAAUGGAGGAGGGGCGCCUUCUCCAAAUGCUAAUGGAGGAAGCGGAACAGCUAAUGGGUCCGGUAUGACUUCUCCAUUUAAUCCCAACACAAAUGGGGGCAUGUCGGGAAGCAGUGGAUCAGGUAUGCCCUCUCCAUUCAAUCCUGCAACCAACGGAGGAUCUGACGCUAACGGAGGAACGGGAACCGGAUCAGGAAUAACUUCCCCUUUUAAUCCAAACACAAACGGUGGAAUGGGAACUGGUUCAGGAAUAACUUCCCCUUUUAAUCCAAACAUAAACGGUGGUAAAGGCACGGGAGAAGGAUCCGGAAGUUCUAUCGGAUCUGGAAUGCCUUCACCUUUCAACCCGGGAACCAAUGGUGGCGGGAUUUCAUCGUCUGAAAACCUUAAUGGAGGUGGAAUGUCUUCGCCAUUUAAGCCUAACACAGGAGGUACUGGUGGUAAUGGGAACGGUGCAGGAUCUUUUUCUCCAGGAUUGCUGGGAGUUUCUGGAUCUUCAUCAGAAAAUUCUGGUACUAAUCCUCUUUUGCCUCAAUUCUUGCAAGGAAGCAGUGGAAUGAACGCCCAUCAAACUAUUGCAGGAGGGACAGAACCCGGAGCUGGAAACGUGGAUUUCACUGCUGGUGGUACUGGUGGUAGUCUCACACAAAUCAACACUGAACAGUCGUACGGUCAUCAAGUUGAUAACAGUCAAUAUAAUGGACAGCAGACAGGAAUUGUGGCUACUAAUACAAACGGACAAGCUGGCGGAAAUUUCUCAAAUCCAUUUGUGGCAUCAGGAAAUGGUGCUUUUACUAAUGAGGGAUUCAAACCGAGCCCUUUCAUGCAGGCAGCAGGACAAAAUGGUGGAAGUGGACCCUUUGCUGGAGCCAUGACUUCCAAUAACGCGACUUCUGUUGGUCCUUUUGCUACAGUAGGCGGAAAUGUUAAUGCAGGAUUUUCAGAAAAUACUUUUUCAAAUCCUUUCCAAACAACCGGUGGAACGGGGGGUAAUGCCGCAGGAAAUAAUGGGGCCACAGGCACAACAGGAUUUGGAGGUAAUCCUUUCCAAGCAACGGGAUUCAGUCAAGGACCUCAGCCUUCUUUGGGUGGAUCAAGUGGAAUGAUGUCCGGUGGCGCAGGAAAUGGACGCCCUGGAGCAACUAGUGGUGGGAUGAAUCCGUCACAAGGAGGUGGUGCUGUUAGUACUGUAGGAAACAAACCAAAUACUGGAGGAGGAAUAGCAGGAAGUUUUAAUCCAUUACAGGGUGGUGCAGGAGGAAACAGACCUACAGGUUUUGGAGGCGGAUCAGGACCAGGCAUAGGAGGUGGUACUUUGGGAAGCGGAGGACAAGGGCCAAUGGGAAACUUCCACACACCGAGCGGAUAUGGUGGAUCAACGGGAGGAGGGCCAAUGAUGGGUGGAUCUGCUGGUGGUAGUCAAACGAUGGGCGGAUCUACAGCAGGUGGACACGGAAGUAAAAUAGAUGUCCAGUUCGUGAUUAAAAAAUGUCCAGAAACAAUGCACUGUAUGACCAUGUGUCCCUUGGGAUACAGUCUCGGGGGAGAAGGGAAGGAUGGAUGCCCACUUUGUACGUGUCUGGGAAAACAAGGGGAAACGAUGCAGGGGCUUCCUCACCAAAACACACUAAAUGGACUUGGGAACCUUCAGAAGGGAAUAGAAACAGGGAAAACGGCAGGACAAAAAGCAAGUAUGUAAUCUACGUCGAUUCUUUGCCCGCCAUCAUUUUCAUGUUCGCUCACUUGUCUUCAUGGAUACGUGCCAGACCCUAACGGUUGCCCCUCAUGUUCAUGUCACAUGGUCCCAGAUUCCACCUCCGCAUCUCUCUCCUCCAUCAAAUGUCAAGGCCACUUCUUCUGCUCCGAUAAAUGCCAGACAGCUUACAUAAGCGGAAGUGAUGGAUGUCCGCAGUGCGACUGUGUGCCGGUUUCCAAACCCAAACCUCAACCUCAGCCUCAACGCCAACCUCAGCCUCAACCACAGCCUACCCACAUCGACGCCCACGCCAUUCUGGCACAUUGCCCAACUACUAUGAACUGCAUGACGUCAUGCAAGGAAGGAUAUACACUCGGUGGAACUGAUGCAAAGGGAUGCCCGAGCUGUUCAUGCGCAAAGAUACAGAAAACUGACAAUUGCAAAACUGGAUGUGCAAAACAACCAACAGCAAUCGCAGUCAAAACAUGUGACGCAACAAUUUCUUGUAUGACAUCAUGUGACCAUGGCUACACACUAGGAGAGAAAGGUCACGACGGUUGCCCUGCGUGUAGAUGUGAAGCAAAAUGCACUACGUGCGAAACUCAUCCCAUCGUAGUACAGAAGGUAGAUGAAUGUCACAACUGUGAACAGAAGCCAGUGGUUGUGGUUCAAAAGACCCCAGAAUGUACAGAGAACUGCGGGCACAAAACACAAACAUAUGUGGCUGUGAGUGGAUCUAGUGGAGGUACCUCUGGUGGUGCCGCGGGUGGCAGUGGCGGAUAUAGUGGCACAUCCAGUGGUCUUUCAGCAGGAGGUGGCGGUAUGUCGGCAGGAGGCGGCGGUAUGUCGGCAGGAGGAAUGGCGGCUGGUGGAAGCGGGGGAGGUGCUCAGUGUAAACCUCUUCCUCCAAAUUGUCAUCCACAUUGUAUAAAGUAUGAUGUAGCUCACUGUCGACUUUGCAUGUGUGAAAGUGGAUAUUUGUAA